GAUAUCAUUAGAAAUAGAAAAAGAAAACUCGGAUUUUCCUCUCUGGAAUCAAAUCCCAUAAAUACAGAAUUUUCUUGCCCAGGAGAAUUCUUUAUUCUACUUUCUCUUUCUCUUAUUUUUCUGUUCUUUCCUCUCUCUCUUUGAAAUUUCUGCGAAACCUGAGAUCCGCUGUUUGCAAUAGCGUGAUCUAAGGUUUCUAUCACUCCUUUUUCUCUUGAAUGUUAAGCCUAUUUUUCCCAUCCCUUAUUCAAUCUCUUUUUUUCUUUCAUUUCAUUUUAUUUGGAGGAGAAUCCCUAGAGGAGGAUUUCAUUUUUCAUGAUGAGUGAUCACGUCGUGUUGUACGUCGACCACCUUAUGAGGCCCCCGGCUGUUCAGAUGGCUCUGGAGGCCUCUUCUUCCACGCCCAAUGAGGGAAGCGACGCUGUUGGUCCGGGCCACCAGAGGAACCAAUACCAGGAAAAGGGGGAGGAAGAGGAGCCGUUGAUUCAGGUCUCCGAGUGCCGCAUUUGCCAGGAAGAAGAUUCGGUUAACAACCUGGAGAUUCCCUGUGCCUGCAGCGGAAGCCUCAGGUACGCUCAUAGGAAGUGUGUUCAGCACUGGUGUAAUGAGAAAGGAGAUAUCACUUGUGAGAUAUGUCAUCAGCCUUACCAACCUGGUUAUACUGCUCCACCUCGUCCACCUCGCUCUGAAGACGCUGCUUUUGAUAUUGGUGGAGGCUGGACCAUCUCUGGCACUCCUCUGGAUCUGCGUGAUCCUCGCCUUUUGGCAAUUGCAGAAGCAGAACGUCAUUUUCUGGAAGCUGAGUAUGAUGAUUAUGCUGCUUCAAAUGCUAGUGGAGCCGCAUUUUGCCGUUCAGCUGCUCUAAUCUUAAUGGCCCUUCUACUCGUGCGGCAUGCAUUGAUUGUUACAGAUGCUGAUGGAAAUGAUGAUGAUGUGCCUACCUUUUUCUCUCUUUUCUUGCUACGAGCAGCUGGUUUUCUUUUACCCUGUUACAUCAUGGCUUGGGCCAUCAGUAUCUUGCAACAGCGGAGACAAAGACAGGAAGCUGCAGAACUGGCAGCAACACAAGUUGCUUUUGUGCUCCAAUCGGGCCAUCGAAGGGGUCUGCAUUUCACAAUAGCAUCAGGACCUCAUGUAGCUCCACACCAGGAACCUGUUUAAUUAGGAAAAACUGAGGGAGAGGAUAAUUGGAAAGAGAAUUUCCAAUCAAUAAGGUUUGUAUUAAAAUCCAAAAAAAAAAAAAAGUGUGAAUGAUGUUGUCACUUGGCACUCAUAUCUUGUUUCUCCUUUCCAUAAUAUGUACAUAUGACGCCUUUACAUGAGGAGCCGAAGUAUUUUUUAUAUCUAAAUUCGCUGUUAAAUAUGGGCAUUUGUCUUCAA